AUGGCCACCGUGACGACCGCGCCCCUGCAAGUGCAAUCCGCCGCCGCCGCCGUACACGCCUGCGCCGGCGACGCUGCCGUCAUGGAGAAGCUGCUGCUCGCCGUCACCGCCGCAGCCGAGGGUCCUAUCUGUGGCAUGCCUGACUUCAAGAUGAGCGGAAAGAAGAGUGAUGAGCUUGAACCUGUUGGUGCUGGCGAUGAAGAUGGUGAUGGUGAAGACGGGGACGAGGACGGUGACUUUGGGGAGGGUGAAGAGGACAUCUCAGAAGGGGAGGGGUAUGACAACCCAAAGGGCAAUGAGAACAAGAAGAAGCAAAGAGGUGAUGCUGAGGAAAACGGUGAGGAAGAUGAGGAAGAACCAGAAGACCAGGAGGGUGGUGGCGGCGACGACGAUGAUGAUGACGACGACGACGACGACAAUGGGGAUGACGAGGACGACGACAAUGGGGAUGACAACGGGGAUGACGAGGAGGACGGGGGUGAGGAUGAGGAAGACGACGACCAGGACGAGGACAACGAGGAGGAAGAUGAUGAUGAAGACUCACUCCAGCCCCCAAAGAAGAGGAAGAAGUGA